AUGGACCUUCUUGAAUUUGUUCCAUUGUUUGAUGAACUGAUAUGGAUGAGGAGAAAGAAAAACUUGCCUCCAGGACCCUAUGCGCUUCCUAUUUUUGGUUAUUUGCCUUUUCUCGGUUCGGAAGCCUAUAGGACGCUGUAUAAUCUAUCCCAGAAGUAUGGACCUAUAUUCAGCUUGUAUUUGGGGAGAAAAUUGGUAAUAGUUUUGAAUAACUAUGAUGUUGUCAAAGAAGCUUUGUCGAAUGUAAAUAUAAUGGAUAGGCCUGAACACCCACCUAACCAUCUCCUUCCAGACAGCAUAAACAUGGCUAUCUCAAGCGGCGAAAUUUGGAAAGAACAAAAAUUGUUUUUCAUUCAAACUAUUCGCAAGUUGGGCAUGGGAAAACAAGAAAUGGAAAGACUUAUACAGGAAGAACUACAACAAUUCUGCAGAGAAAUCGAAAACGGAAAGGGUUCGCCCAUAAAUUUGGGACCUCUGCUGAUGACCAGCGUGUCCAAUAAUAUAUUUGCCUUGUUGACAGGGCGGAAGUUAAAUUACACAGACAAAGACAGACUCUUCCUCAACGACUCACUGGCCCUGAUGACCUUGUACUUCAGACCCACGCGUAUACACGCCUUCUUUCCGUCAGUCAAAAGCUGGAUGGCCAAACUGAAGAUCUGGGGAUACGACGAAGUUCGAUCUCAGAUGCUGAAACUCUCCGAGUUCAUCAAUGGACAAAUUGAAGAGCAUAAAAAUUCCUCGAAUUGUGGAAGCAGCAAUUACAUUGACGAAUUCUUAGCCCACAUGAAUGAACACAAUUCAACUACAUUCACAGAACGAAUGCUCAGAGGAAACAUCCAAAGCCUUUUUGGGGCUGGAAGCACUCCAGCAAGAGCCACCAUAGAAUGGGCCUUGGUGUGUAUGGUUCUUUAUCCUGACAUUCAAAAGGUAGUCCACGAAGAGCUGGAUUCCGUCAUUGGAAAAGAGCGCUUCCCUGCUUGGAACGACUUCAAAACAUUACCUUACACCACAGCGGUUAUGUACGAAGUGAUGAGAAAGUGCACGAUCAUUCCCAUUAGCAUGCUUCGAACGAAUCGGACAAAGUGCAGAAUUGGUGGAUAUGAUGUUCCAGAAGGAAGUAUCAUUAUGACGAACAUUUGGGGAGUUCAUCAUGAUUCCAAAGUCUGGAGAGAUCCAUUUACUUUUCGGCCAGAAAGAUUUUUGCAAAAUGGUGAUGUCGUCAAACCUUCAGAAUUCAUACCCUUCUCAUACGGACGAAGAAAGUGUCCAGGAGAAGAAAUGGCCUUGAUGGAAGUUUUUCUUUAUUUCACUACUUUGAUGCAGCGAUAUAACAUUGAACCCCCAGCGGAAAAUGUUUCCUGUUACAAAAAGGUUCUUGGAAUAGCAAACAUGGCUAUUCCGGACAAUAUUUGCCUCAAGUUACGAGAAUAGCAGAAAGUAACCAAUCAGAGGAGUUUUAAUCUAGUAAACCAAUCAAAAGGGCCACCAUGAAGUAAUGUAAAACAAUAUUCCUUUUGCAAAGCACUGUUGUGUAUAGAAAAUGUGAAACUAAUAUUAUUUUG